AUGGCCUCCCUGCAGACUUCGUCCAAGAGCUCCCCAGGAUGGGUUUUCUUCUGCUGCUGUUGCUGUCUCCCCCUUCUUCUCACCAGCUGUCUGCCCCUGAAAGGGGCUUCCACUGCCCAUGAUGCCUGCAGGCUCAGGAAGGUCAACUUCCAGCAGCCCUACAUCAGGAAUCGCACCUACACCUUGGCUAAAAUGGCCAGUGCCUCAGACAAGGACACGGACAACAGACUGAUUGGGCAGCAGCUCUUUGUUAACAUCAGGGAAAACAACCGCUGCUACCUGAUGAAGAGGGCUGUGGAGUUUAUAGUAAAAGAUGUUCUCCUCACUGAAGUCAAGAACCAGUACCCUUAUAUUGAGGAGGUGGCACAGUUCUUGGCAUCCCUGACCUCAGAGCUGAGCACUUGUCAAUUCUCAGGAAAAAGAGAACACAUUGAAAAGAACCUGGAACAAAUGAAGAACAAAAUGGAACAGUUGGGAGAAAAUGGAAAGACUAAAGCCAUUGGAGAGCUGGAUUUACUGUUUGACUACCUGGAAAAUGCUUGUACUGAUGCCCAGAAGAAGGGAGGCAACAAGAAGAAAAACUGAAAAAAUUCUGGAUCAGGCUUGAAGAGAUGUCUCUGCAAAUCUCUUGCAAUAACUCAAAUUGAUUUGCUGCAACUACGCCCAUUCCCCCCCAGAUGCAGUAUAUUUUUCACUCAUGUCAAAACUAGCAAACUAAGUGGGCAGAGACAGGAUGCAUAUUGCUGCCUUCUUUGAAAACGAAAACUCCGGGAGACUGCCUCUUGAAUGCAACACAGGGCACUCGUUAUUUACAAAAGCACUGUUCUGCUCUCCUCAUCUUCACAGGAAUGAGGCAACCAUUUCUGUCUUUUAUAUACUGAAAGCUGACACCUAUGAAUUAGCUUUGAUCAAGGCAGUGAUGUUUUGAUGUGAUGUUUUAGCCAGGAUUAUUUUGAGCCUCCUAGUUGGAAAUCUCUCUUGUAUAUGUUGCCCCCUUCUGACCUUUGCCUGAAAAGUUGGUAUGUCAGACUAUUUCAGAAAUAAUUUUUGUAAUUUGUAUUUAAUGGUAACUUAUUUUAAGGUAAUUAUACAAUAUUUUUAUUUAUAUAGAUUAAUUGAAAAAUAUCCAAGGAAAUGUAUUUAUGAAGCUUUA